AUGUCGCUGCUCGAAACCAUCACGAUUGCAAAAUCCGAAUCUCAGACCCCCAAAACCCCAUCCAAACACUCCAUCAUUCUCAAUCCCGACCCCAUAUUCCCCCUCUUAAAGCCAGAACCUAAAUCCUCUUCUAACAACCUCAUCAACCCCAUCACGGGAUGGCAAAUCUCAGCCGUCGAUUCUCAUGUUAUCGAAUCCAACCAUCGAUUCUUCAGCAAACUCAAGCGCAAGCUCAAGUCCCCAAACACCCUCACCUCAGAUGAAUUCUUGCGAAUCCUCAACUCCUUCCUUGAGAAAACCCGGGAAGGUAUCGGCCUAUCGAUCGGGGUGGGCCCCACUGAUCCCGACUACACCCGCCUUGCGAUCUCAAAAUUGGCAUUCGUGAUAUCCCGGGAUGUCGCGGGGCUAAUUUCGGAGGCUUGUGUGGCCCUCGGACUGUGGGAAUUGACAGACGCUCUGAUUGCCCAUGGACUUGUCGUGGGCUGUUCGUCCUCAGUGAAUCUGAUUGAAGAUCUCAUACGGAAGAACAGGUCGAAUUCGAUCUGUCUUUAUAUCAGGAGUGUUUCCGAUCUCCGAUCGUCGGAACUUCUCCUCAUUUUGAAGUAUUUCCUUUCUCCAUCCAAAGACGGUUACCACAGUAUGAUUAGCGUGAGAAAGGAAUGGGAAAGGCUGGCAAUCUUAUCAACCGAGAAAGCGAUUGAGAACACAUUGACUAAAGAGAAGUCCCGCCUGGCGAGGCAGGCUGCAGUUCUCCUCAUGAUGGCGCAUGAUGGGUUUUCAGCAUAUGAGCUAUGCUUGCACUAUCUGUUUGGAUCGAACAAUGUCGAUGGGUUGGCGUUGUCAUGGGCUGUUGCAAGGCUCGAUGGGUCUGAGGUGUUGAGGUUAGUGAAGUAUUUGGGGAAGUGGUUGAGGAAGUAUGAGAAGUUUCCAGAGGCGGGGCCAUGCCCUGGUGCUGUGGCUUUGGGAUUGGAAGCUUGCGAGUGGGUCCCAACAGUCGAUUCAAUUGUGGGGUGUCUUGCAGUGGUGUUGGAUGAGCAUUUCUCCUACUUGGCUUUGUAUAAUGAGUUACAUGAAGAGAUGAGAUCAAUGGAGAAGCUUGUGAGAUCGUUCACAGCAGAAGCUGAGUUGUGUUGUUCAGUGGCGAGUUUAAUUGAGAAUCUGAGAGCGGAUGCUGGCAGUCGUGGAGGUGCGUAG